UGGCGGCCGCCAGGAGGCGGGAUGGCGGCGGCAGGGGGCGGGGCCGGGCCGGGCCGUGCGUCACUUCCGCUGUCAGGUGGCCGCCGAGCGGAGGCCGCGGGGCUGCGGCUGCGGGAGGCGGCGGCGGCCGCGGCGGCCCCGGGGCCAUGGAGCCCUCGACCUCUCGACCAUCCUGCCUUCUCCGAGGUGAUGACUCCUGUCUCCUGAGACGCUGGAAAACCUAGUUUGGAAGAAGAGUCAAGAUUCGGUUGAUGCUGAACUACAGCCAAGGAUGAAGCGGCGAGCAUCAGACAGAGGAGCUGGGGAAACAUCCACUAAGGCAAAAGCUCUCUGUACGGGGAUUUCUGGAAAUAAUGCCAAGAGAGCGGGCCCUUUUAUUCUAGGUCCACGUUUAGGUAACUCCCCUGUGCCAAGUAUUGUUCAGUGUUUGGCAAGAAAGGAUGGGACAGAUGACUUUUAUCAGCUAAAGAUUCUCACUUUAGAAGAAAGGGGUGAUAAAGGAAUAGAAACGCAGGAGGAACGACAGGGCAAGAUGCUGCUGCACACAGAGUAUUCUCUCCUUUCCCUGCUCCACAAUCAGGAAGGAGUGGUUCAUCAUCACGGGCUCUUCCAGGACCGAGCUUGCGAAAUUAUAGAAGAUUUAGAAGCCAAUAGAAUGGUCAGAAAAAUGAAGAAGCGCAUUUGUCUUGUGUUAGACUGUCUCUGUGCUCAUGAUUUCAGUGACAAAACAGCAGAUCUGAUCAAUCUGCAGCACUAUGUCAUUAAAGAGAAGAGGCUCAGCGAGCGAGAGACGGUUGUGAUAUUUUAUGAUGUGGUACGAGUGGUAGAAGCAUUACAUAAGAAAAAUAUUGUGCACAGAGACUUGAAACUAGGAAACAUGGUGCUAAACAAAAGGACUCAUCGAAUAACCAUAACGAAUUUCUGCCUUGGGAAGCACCUAGUGAGCGAAGAUGACCUGCUGAAGGACCAGCGAGGGAGCCCUGCCUACAUCAGCCCAGAUGUGCUCAGUGGUCGGCCGUACCGUGGAAAACCCAGUGACAUGUGGGCGCUGGGCGUGGUGCUCUUCACCAUGCUCUAUGGCCAGUUCCCCUUCUACGACAGCAUACCUCAGGAGCUCUUCCGCAAAAUCAAGGCUGCCGAGUACACCAUCCCCGAGGAUGGGCGGGUGUCAGAAAACACUGUGUGCUUGAUCCGAAAACUGCUGGUCCUGGAUCCUCAGCAGCGUCUGACAGCGUCUGAAGUGCUGGAUUCUCUCAGCUCCAUCAUAGCAUCGUGGCAGUCCAUGUCCUCGCUGAGCGGCCCCUUGCAGGUGGUGCCAGACAUCGACGACCAAGUGGCUAACCCUGAAAACCCCCAGGAGGUGAAGGUGACGGAGGAGUGCUCGCAGUACGAGUUCGAGAACUACAUGAGGCAGCAGCUGCUCCUGGCGGAGGAGAAGAACACCUUGCACGAGGCCAAGAGCUUCCUGCAGAAGCGGCAGUUUGGGAACAUCCCCCCCGUGCGCCGCCUGGGCCACGACGCCCAGCCCAUGAACCCGCUGGACGCGGCGAUCCUGGCGCAGAGGUACCUUCGGAAGUAGCUGCCCACGCCUCCGAGAGCACAAGCGCCGCCCUGCAGCCCGCCUUUCACGUCGCCUACCACAGCUCAACAGCAAUACCGGUGUCCCGCGAUGGAGAAUAAUGUAGCAAUUCUUCUGAGCUCUGUUCGGGGGCACGAAUCGCUCUGGAGGGAGAAGACUUUUUUUUUUUCAAAAGCUAGUUUUGGAAGCAGCGGCCUCUUGGCAUCUUCUGGAAUCUGUUUUUUAAAUCGAAGCCUAGAUGACUAAUCUGCUUUUAAUCAUGACUGUAAUCUACCUCUCUUGUCUUUUUAACCAUGCUGUUCUCUGGAUCGAGCAAAGCCUGGGGGAAAGGAGAAGACUACCAAGGGUGAAGCUGGCUUGCUGGCACAAGAGUUGCGGCCGUGUAGCAUGGAGAGCCGGCUGACGGCGUUGGCUCCGUAUGGUUUGAAUAAGCUUAGAUUUAUCUGGGUUUCUUGAAAGCAAGGAUUUCUUGAAGCCUCCCACUUCCUUUCAUCUGCAUCAACCCUUCUGUUGGUCUGCCCGUGCCGCCUGCUCUGCUGCAGCCUCACCCCGGGCACCCCCUCGUCACCCGGCGUGACCCGCGGCACGGGACGGGAAUCGUCCUUGCAGGCGAUGGCUGCAAAGCCCGAAUCGUGUCUGCAGUCGUUCAAAGGUUGUGCAGAACUCGGCCCGGCUUGGCCUUUGACCUCUCUCCUCCCUUUCACUGAUUCUUUUAGUUCCGUAAGGAUAUAUGAUUUAAUCUUAUUUUUUUUUCAGUAGCUUCCCCAAGGUGCAGUUAAAAUUGCAUUAAUUCUGAGUUAGCAUUUUCCACCCUUCAGUCGUGGUACAGAUAUAAUAUAUGAGUUACAAUGUGAACAAGCUUCCCCGAAUAAUCCGCCUAGAGUUAGCAAGGGGCUGCCUGAAGUCUCUACUGUAUUUGUUCCCUCGCUUAUCUUGCCACCCGGCCCCGCCACCGCCCCGCGUGGUGCCGAGGCUGGAGAAGGACGCCCCGGGUGGUCACCCAGGGCCGUGCUGAGAACGGGAGCGGUCGUUUCUGAGCCUCACUCUGUGAACUGGAUGCCUGUCUUGCCAGAUGACCCGUUCUCGCACGGCGUUCCUGCAGCUCCCUGCGCCCCUCCUGGGGGCUCCUGCUCGGCGUGGGGUGCUCCGGCUGCCUCCCCCCCUCCCCAGGGGUCCCCUUUGGCAUCAGGGAAGGGGCGAGCAGGGGCAGGGGGGCUUCUAUGGCCUUUGGCUGUAGGUGCUGGCCCCCUUUUGGGGCUGGCGCUGCUCCCAAAGCCCUGGGGGCUGCCCUUACCGCCCUGCAGGCAGCGAGCAGUGUAGCGUGGUUUUGCCUUCCCUUGCCCCAGGCAGGCUCCCCGCCUGCAUCCUUCCCCUCCGAGGCCGUGGUUCUCCACGGGGGGACCCCGCUCGCAGCCCCAGGGCUCGACCCAACCUCGGGGCAGCACCGGGCAUUACCUCCUGCCUCCCCCUCGCCCAAGCCCGCUGGCAGAGCAGGCCGCUGACUUGUGAACACUAACACAGACCGCAACGGUUGCGCCAACCCCAGCCAGCUGAGCCAGUAGCUUCCAGUCUUAGCCUUAUUUAUUGCAAGGAUGGUCGACCUGUCCCUCGCCCCCCCCCCCCCCCCCCCCCCCGCCACCCGCAGGGCCCCCCCCCCGGCCCCAGUUGAGCAGGCUCUGUCCGAUUUUCCCCUCCCCGUCUCUCCCCCACCUCUUUUCUCUUCUGUUUCCCGAAGUUAAAGCAAUAUUCUGGGGACGCUGCGAGGCUGCGCGGUGCUGAGCGCUCCCGCGCGGGGAAUCGCGCUGGGGUUAAAGCGAACUGGAAAAUGUUUGGGGAGGGGGGGGGGGGUCGUGCAUGGGGGGCAUGAGCGGUGCCGGGGGGGAGCGGUGUGUGACACGCUGUAGAAAAGGUUCCUAUUGUAAGGAAAAAAGGAAAAAAAAAAAAAAAAGAAAAAGAGAAAAAAAAAGUUUGUAUAAAGACGUUAUUUUUGUACUGCAUCCAACCUCCUCCUGCAUGUCGGCAAUAAAACUUGGUUCCGAGA